AGGCGCGGCGCUGGCGCCAUUCGAGGGAAUACGAACUGUUGCGCUAGGACGGCAAACUUCGAGUAAACAAGAUGAGAGAAAUCGUUCACAUUCAGGCGGGUCAGUGUGGGAACCAGAUUGGAGCGAAGUUCUGGGAGGUGAUCUCUGACGAGCACGGCAUUGACCCGACGGGCAGCUACCAUGGAGACUCUGACCUCCAGCUGGAAAGGAUCAACGUCUACUACAACGAGGCCUCGGGUGGCAAGUAUGUGCCUCGUGCCAUCCUUCUUGACUUGGAACCAGGCACGAUGGACUCGGUCAGAUCUGGGCCAUUUGGACAGCUCUUCAGGCCAGACAACUUCAUCUUCGGUCAGAGUGGUGCUGGCAACAACUGGGCCAAGGGUCACUAUACAGAGGGGGCCGAGCUGGUGGACUCCGUCCUGGACGUUGUCCGCAAGGAGGCUGAAAGCUGCGACUGUCUCCAAGGUUUCCAGCUUGCCCAUUCCCUCGGAGGUGGCACUGGCUCGGGCAUGGGCACACUUUUAAUUUCCAAGAUCAGGGAGGAAUACCCCGACCGGAUCAUGAACACCUUCAGCGUCAUGCCUUCCCCCAAGGUGUCCGACACUGUUGUGGAACCCUACAAUGCGACCCUGUCCGUGCACCAGUUGGUUGAGAACACAGAUGAGACCUACUGCAUUGACAAUGAGGCCCUCUACGACAUCUGCUUCCGCACGCUCAAGCUCACCACUCCGACCUACGGCGACCUCAACCACCUCGUUUCAGUCACCAUGUCUGGCGUCACCACAUGCCUCAGGUUCCCUGGCCAGCUAAACGCUGACCUUCGCAAGCUUGCGGUGAACAUGGUCCCCUUCCCACGUCUUCACUUCUUCAUGCCUGGGUUUGCUCCUCUGACAUCUCGUGGCAGCCAGCAGUACAGGGCUCUGACGGUGCCAGAGCUGACCCAACAGAUGUUUGAUGCCAAGAACAUGAUGGCUGCUUGCGAUCCUCGCCACGGUCGCUACCUGACUGUGGCCACCAUCUUCCGUGGGCGCAUGAGCAUGAAGGAGGUGGACGAGCAGAUGCUCAACGUGCAAAACAAGAACUCCAGCUACUUCGUAGAAUGGAUCCCAAACAACGUUAAAACUGCAGUCUGCGACAUUCCUCCUCGGGGUCUCAAGAUGUCCGCCACCUUCAUUGGAAACAGCACCGCCAUCCAAGAGCUCUUCAAGCGGAUCUCCGAACAGUUCACUGCCAUGUUCCGCCGCAAGGCUUUCUUGCACUGGUACACCGGAGAGGGCAUGGACGAGAUGGAGUUCACCGAGGCAGAGUCCAACAUGAACGACCUAGUGUCCGAGUACCAGCAGUACCAGGAGGCCACAGCUGAUGAUGAGGGAGAAUUCGACGAUGAGGAUGCCUUGGCCGAUACCGCCUAAGAAUGGACCAAACUGAUUCCUGUGCUGCUACGGUUUUGUUUAAGGAGAGUUUAUUUUAUUAGGAGCAUUGGCAAACCAAAACCUGAGACUGUUUUUUUUCUUUUUUUGUCGUGUUUGAUACACCGACAACGUGGAAAUUCAUAUUACUUUUUUAUUUCAGUUUCUCAAAAUUAAUUUUUUAUUUAGACUGAAUGUUAUUUUGUGUCACAAUAAAGCUUUUAGUGACAAGAUCA